AUGUCGCUCACCCGCUCACCCUCCUUCACUAGCGUCCGCAGCUGGUGGUCCGAUGCCAACUCGCUCGGCGCCACUGUCAACCUCCACUCGGUGGCCAAGCCGCUCAUCAGGGUGCUGUACGAUAUCGAGGUCCGGAGACUGGUGAAGGCGACGCGUCUGCAGGAGGUCAGCGCAGAGGCUUUGGAGAUGUGUUUUGCCUUUCUAAGAUGCCGAUCCGUGGCUUCCUCAACGAAGGCUUACUUGUUGCAGGAGAUGGGGAAACGAUUGCCGGAAAUACGGAUGUCUGAUGUGGAGCAGCUCUUCCCACUGUUAGACGAUGUGAUUCCAGAGCUUUUUGGCUCUCCGUCAUCCCAGAUUCGAGGCGCUAUGUGCUACUUCCUAACUCGUCUGUGCGAGAAGCAUGGUCCACUCCCCACAAACAUUGUCUCACACUGUCUGGAAGCAAUCCCCUUCUUUGAUUCCAGUGCAUCGCAGCUUUACGGCUGUCUGUGCACGUCCGUCCCCAGCGCACUUCUGGUUUCUGACUCCAUCGGUUCCCAGCUUCUCCCAUCAGCCGCCAUCGACGACAUCCUGCGGUACAAUUUCUCGAUACUCCUCGGACACUGGACCGUAACCGACCUGUGCAACGCUAUCUCCCCCGAGCGACCGACGACAUCGAACGACAUUUCCGAGACGCUGCCCCGACGUAUCUGCCCUCGCGACAUCCUCGCCGACAGCGCCCUCGCUGCCUUGCGGCAGACCAUCCAUUUGAGCGAAACCGACUGCGAGACCACCCUUCUCUGCACAGCCCCAGCCAUUGUCCACGCCGAUCGCGAUACGCCUCUCCGCCGCGAGUUCGCCUGUCGCCUCGCUGCGGGCCUCCUCGCCCACGCGUCUGGGUCGCGCGAGGCCUUCCUGCUCGAGUCGAUGAUGCUUUGCCUGCAGGAAGUGGCCUGGCAGGAGUGCUGUGGGCAUGGGGUGAAGUGGGCUGCCGUGCAAGCGCUGCACCAGAUUGCGCUCAGCAGGACGAGUGUCCUCCGCGCAGGCAGCGUGUCUUUCCGUAUUGUCUUGACUUGA